CGGUGCAUCCUGAUUUAUGAAGACCUUUCUAUGAUGUUACAAAUUCCCUGCAAGGCAUUGUUGGAUAUACAGAGCUUUAUUAAACACAGCACAUCUUAAUCCAUGACCUCUGGCAGGAGAGUCAAGGAACACUGGAUUCAUGCGUAGCACUUGGGAUGAAACUGUGUGUUUGACUUCCGACUCCAUUCAUAGUUGGUUGUGCGAUUUUCGAUAAGAAAACUGCAGGCCCAGAAUAAAACGUCUUUCUUAGGAUCAUUCAUCUGAUUUUUCAUAGAGACCAGAGAAUCGCUAACAUGCAGACCUCCAGCUCUCGGUCUGUGCACCUGAGUGAGUGGCAGAAAAAUUACUUUGCAAUCACGAUUGGCACGUGUACACCGGGGCAGAAGGCAGAUGCGUACCGUGCGCAGAUACUACGUGUUCAGUAUGCCUGGGCGAACACCGAGAUCUCCCAGGUCUGUGCUGCCAAACUGUUCAAAAGGUAUGCGGAGAAAUACUCUGCAAUCGUUGAUUCUGACAACAUGGAAACCGGCUUGAAUAACUAUGCAGAAAACAUUUUAGCUUUGACCAGUUCUCAACAAACCGAUAGUAGGGGGUGGCAGUCUGGGUUGUCAAUAAAUAAUGUUUUCCAAAUGAGUAAUGUACAGAAGAUGAUGCAGGCUGGCAAAAAGUUCAGAGACUCUCUUCUAGAACCUUCCAGUGCAUCAGUAGUGAUCCGGCAGGAGGCCCCUGCCUUCAAUCUUCCUGACUGUGGAGUUUGCAGAGGUGAGGGAGAUGGUGACCUGCUGUCCAGCUCAGUUCCUCACAGAGAUAGGCCCCAUGACAUCCCAGGCAGCAGCCCUUGGAGGGUCCCUCAGAGUGUCCAGCCACCAAUGGUGCCUAACAGCACUGAGACUUGUCCCACGUCCUCCAGGCAUUUAGGUGAGUCAGCCACAGCCAAAGUACACAGCACACCGUUAUUUGGAAAUGUCACAAAAGAAACUCAUGGCUCUCCUAAAGCCAACACAGGAGUACAGAUGUUCUUGUCUAACCAGUCUCCUUUUCCUUCUGGCUGUGAAAACCCGCGGGCAAGGAAAGCUUUCUAUAGCUGUGCCACCAUUGAUGCUCUUUCCAAUCCAGUACUGAAUAAGGCUUGUAGUAAAACAGAAGAUAAUGGCCCAAGGGAGGAGAGCAGUCUGCCUACUUUUAAAACUGCAAAAGAACAGUUAUGGGUCGACCAGCAAAAAAAGGGUCACCAACCCCAGCGUGCACCAGGGCCCUCAUAUGGGGGUGUGAAAAAGUCUCUGGGAGCUGGCAGAUCUCGAGGGAUAUUUGGGAAGUUUGUUCCUCCCUUACCUAAACAAGAAGGGGCAGAGCAGAAUGGAGGGAUGCAGUACAAACCCUACGGGGCCGCACCAGCAGAACCAGCCCAUCCUAUUGAUGAGCGGCUGAAGAACUUGGAACCCAAGAUGAUCGAACUUAUUAUGAAUGAGAUUAUGGACCAUGGGCCUCCAGUACACUGGGAAGAUAUUGCAGGAGUAGAAUUUGCAAAAACCACAAUAAAGGAAAUAGUUGUGUGGCCCAUGAUGAGGCCAGACAUCUUCACUGGGUUACGGGGACCCCCUAAAGGGGUUCUGCUCUUCGGCCCCCCUGGGACUGGUAAGACUCUUAUUGGCAAGUGCAUUGCCAGCCAGUCUGGGGCGACGUUCUUCAGCAUCUCGGCUUCAUCCUUGACCUCUAAAUGGGUAGGAGAGGGGGAGAAGAUGGUCCGGGCUUUAUUUGCUGUUGCAAGGUGUCAACAGCCAGCUGUGAUAUUUAUUGAUGAAAUUGACUCCCUCUUGUCUCAGCGAGGAGAUGGUGAACACGAAUCCUCUAGAAGGAUAAAAACGGAGUUUUUAGUUCAGUUAGAUGGUGCAACCACGUCUUCUGAAGACCGAAUUCUAGUGGUGGGAGCGACAAAUCGGCCCCAAGAGAUUGAUGAGGCUGCCCGGAGACGGUUGGUGAAGAGGCUGUACAUUCCCCUCCCGGAAGCUUCAGCCAGGAAGCAGAUAGUGACAAAUCUGAUGACCCAGGAGCAGUGUGACCUCAGUGAGGAGGAGCUCCAUCAGAUUGUCCAGCAGUCUGAUGGCUUCUCCGGGGCAGACAUGACCCAGCUAUGCAGAGAGGCGUCUCUUGGCCCCAUUCGCAGUUUGCAGACUGCUGACAUCGCCACCAUAACUACAGAUCAAGUCCGGCCCAUAGCUUACGUGGACUUUGAAAAUGCUUUUAGAACUGUGCGGCCUAGUGUAUCUUCAAAAGACUUAGAGCUGUAUGAAGACUGGAACAAAACAUUUGGUUGUGGAAAGUGAAUGGGGCACUGCAAAUUAAAAGAUGAUGUCUCUGUAGCAUGGCUGGUUUAUUUUUAGUAGGAAGCCAGGGAUGUGGGAAUUGCAUUGCUUUGGAACAUACUGUAAAUUCUAGACAUCAAAUAAGAAUAACAGCUCAGAGUUUACAACUGGCUGGCUUUGCCUCUGUUUAGUUUUAUUUGCCUUCCAGUUAUUAGCUGAUACGUAUAAGUUACUUAAACAGAAUGAGGAUGAACUGUUUGCUUCUAAGAAGUUUUUCUUUUGAAGAUGAAUAGUGAGCUCAAAUCAAAACUUUAAUGUGGAGAUUACGUUUAUUUAUGAGAUGUAUCUGAUUUCUAGUCACCUUUUUUUUUGAAGAAAGUUCCUCCGAAGGCCACAUAGCUCUUGAUGCUGGCUGGUGUUGUGGUUUCCAUUCCAAACUGUUUUGCUUACUCAUAUUUAGACAGAUUGAAGAGUUCACCAAAAGCUAGAAUGAAAGUGCCAAUUUUUACUUUCUUCUCUUAGUUUGUAACCUAUUUUGUGGUUGUCUUUUCUUACCAAGACUAAUAAAGACGUUCAGAAUUAGCAAGGUGUAAUCUAGUAUCAGAGACACAACCACAGAACCAAAAGGUAAAGGAUGUUGUAUUUUUUUCAGAGGAUCUGUGAUGUUUACUACUAAUUUGAUAUUACUUCACCACCUGUCAUAUGGCUCUCUCUGCAAAUGAAUGGCUUCAGGUUUUUAUAAUGGGCCAUUGGUUUUAUAAAUAGUACAUGUUCACUGUAGAAACUUAGAAAAUAGAAAUAAAAAAUGAUAAAAAUCACUUAGUUAUUUGUGGGGCACAUCAUUUCAGUAUACAUUCUGUUAGAAGUUUUUUUUUAAUCAGAAGGAUGAUGUUCUAUGCAUCCUCUUUUGUCACAUGCUCCUUUUCUUUAAAGUACAUUGUCAUUUUCCACAUUAAUAGACAUCUAUUCGAGUCGUCCUUUAGAUGGUUGCCUAGUAGUCCACUGUAUGGGAUGUACUGUCAUCCGCUGAGGCCUCUGUUAGAGGGCAUUUAGGGCAGGACAUUUGGCUGUCUUUUGUUUAUUGUAAACAAAUACGUUGAAUGCCAUUUAGUGAUCUUUUUAAAAAUGUAUAUAUAUGAAUUUCUUGAGUAAAAUGCAUGGAUUACGAACAUGUACAUUUUUGAAUUUUUGGCCAGUGUUUUAAGUUUUCUCCUGGAAAAACAGUGCCUGUUCAGAAUUUCCAUCUUCAGUGAAUCAGAGGGGCUGUUUAUAUAGGGACUGAGCAGUAGGCAGUUUUCUUUUUUGUUAGCAUUCUUGUGCAUUCAUUCAUUCAUUUAAAAAAAGUUGAAUGUCAGCCAGUGUUCUAGGUGCCGACAGUGAAGCAGUGAACCACAAACAUUCCUGCUUUCAGUGAAGUCACAUCCACUCAGUGCAAAGGCGACACGUCAGUCCCUAGCACCACGCACUCCCACACAGCUAAAAGAAAGGCUGUUGAAUGUUUUCACUGAAGAGAUAGGUGACAUAGAUAUGUUUAACCUAAUUUAAACUACAUAAUGUAUACAUGUAUGA